UUGAGUGUCACUCAGUGAAGGCAUGUCACCUGAUCAAGAUCGCAACAGGAACAACACCAUAUUUAUCCUGUUGCCUCCUCUAGACACAGACCUGAGUUAAAUAAUAUAUCAUUCUGUAGUUGCGAAAUAUUCCAUGCCGUGUGUAGAUAAAUUAGCAAUAGUUUAACAUGGUUAAAUCGUCACUUGGUUUCCAGUGAAGACGUCGACAAAAUCAUCCAACAUCUACAUCCUCUUAUGUAGAAAGGGUUUGCGAGGAUAAUAUCUGGUCCAACUUGGAUAUCCAAGGUCAUAUCAAAGCAACAUCAUGUCGAUAGUAAUCAUCAGAUUAGUGAUAUUUAGGAGUGCAUUACGCUAGCGAUGCACUAUGGAACUAACACAGAACAAGUUAAAGACAAGACAAAUGAAACAUAUGAAAUAGAAGCUGUGAUGGAUUGUGAUCUGUACAAGCCAAUGUCCCUAACCCUCACACCUGAUGACAAAGAUUACUUUGCAUUUGAAGCUCCUAUGCUAUCCAAGUAUCCUGUUAGAGAUAAGGACCAAGGAAGGAUUAAGGAAGAGGAUCAACAAGCACAUGACUAUAUUCUUACAGAAGACCAAAAGACUGCAGCAGCAGAUGAUGAAUCAUACAAUCUACAGGAUCAUUUAUGUACUGGUGAAAUAAUAGAUGAUACAUAUGACCUACAGCCCUUAUCAGCAGAACAUAGUGAAAAUCCAAAGGAAGAGAAUAAAGUAAAUGGGAACAAUAAUUUGGCAGAGGAUAACAGCAGCUGUUCAGAAAAGAGAAGACUGUUCAGUUUAACUCACAGCCCUGGAAGCUCUGUAUUCCACUCUGUCGACAGCUUAAGCUCAGAACUUUCUUCCCAAAGCAGGCACAGUGUGACGUCAUUUCUGCAGGCCAGAGAAUACGACGCUGAGGAUGUACUGUUAAGUUUAGGACUUGGUGGAGAUUGCCGCAUGACUGUUCCAGAGCGAUUCUUGGUCACCUCUUCAUCAGCCAAAGGAAUUGAUCUUGAUGUGAUCAAAAGGAAUAUCGAUGAAGAGGAAGAUGAUGUUUUUGAUAAUAAUUCAAUGUCAUAUUCAUCGUCUUGGUCGGGGCGUAACCAGAUUAUCGAACGACUCCCAACACGAUUUGUAACCUCAACAAGUUCAUUUGGAUCAACCACUGAUCUCAGCGAACCAGACGACAACGACCCUCAGAUAUCAUCUCUACCAGUAAUCGUUGAACCAGACCAGAAUGAUGAGAAUUCCUUUGAUUUGAUGAGGCAUUUGAGGCUGAAUCGUAAUCAAAAUCCUAGCAGAGACUAUCAACACGACAGAAACCUUCUCGAGCCCGUCACUGAAGAACUGGAAGUAUCGUCUAAUGGCAGUGGGUCGGCAAGAACCAAGAUAUCAAACACACAAGAAGACUCUAUAGAAUCGGUCGGCAACAUCUCUGUCUUGACCAAAAUAUCUCGUAGACAGUCUGAGGAUUCUUGUAAAGAAAGACUUCUUUUCGAUAACACUAGUUUCCAAGAAGACCCUAGUGAAGAUAAUCAGCAACAUACUAACAAAGAUGAGUCUGUAGAACGUGAUAUUGAAAACAACGAGCAAGGCUAUGAGGAUGAUGAUAGAAUUAUAAGUACAGAAAAUUCGAACGGAGAUGCACAAACUAAUCAAGGAGAUAAUGAAUCUGGAAUCAGCUCGGCUGGCGAUAGUGUAAACCUCAACUUAAMUAGACCCUUGAAACCUCCCAUUCUUAGAGUUUUGGCAUCAGAUACAGUACAUCAUGAUUCGUUUGAGUUAGAAGAAAUAGCAACCAGCGAGGAAAAUCUUGACAAAAUUGAAGAUAAAAGAUUAGCAGAGAAAGAUAACGGAAAGAUAAGACUGCUGAGGAGGGAUAAUAGUGAUGAAAGUAGUGGUUUUGAAGAUGAUACUCAAGUGAAGAAACGUUCAACGGAAAGUCUCGAUGUAGAUGAUGUAAAAACCAGCUCGUUGGAGAACCAGAAUGAUUCCAUUGUAAAUAGUGACAACAUUGAGUUUCAAAAACACUUGUUAGUGCCUUUUGAAGUAUCUACUCCCAAAACUGACGCUGAGAUUCGAAGAUCUGCUUUUAGCAAGAGAAGUUCUUGGUCAACGACCAAACAGAAACGAGUUGCCUUUCAAGAUGAGACCCUAGAGUUGAGACCCAAAUCUCGAUCAUUUGACGAACGCAAUCUUUCAGCUUAUAAACUUGAAACUCGUCGUUAUUCCCUUGGUACUCCAUUAACUUGCACAGAAACUCAUGAGGCUGAUUUGGUAGCUGAAACAACAGAAGACAAUAAAGAUACAAGUAAAAUACUUCAGCACGAAUCUACUCAUGAAAAAACUGCAGUUCACAAUAUCAGAAAAUUUCUAUCUAGUUUGAUGUCUAUUCGAAGUAAAUUUAGAAGGACUCCACAAGAAGAAGAAAUGGUUCCGACCAAUAAUGUUCCUCCAACAAGCUUAGCUUCCUCAGAGAUUCCUAGCAUUACUUCUGCUCAAACAUUUAGUUCUUCUAAAGUGACAGAAGUGAGUGAUUCGGUGUUUUUGAAACGCGGCGUGGAACAAGGUCCUCGAGAUGAAAGACACGAUGUCAGUAGUGCAGAAAUCCAGUGUUUUGUCUCAGGAAGAGGAGCUUAUAAGAACCACUGCCUUGAAGAACUCGACUUAUUCGAAGAGGACUUGAAUAAAUAUCGUGCUAGCUUUAUGGCGAUGGACAUGAUGUCUACUUCACAAGAUAGCUACUACACGAAGAAGUUAUUAGCACGGUUUGCAUGGGACAUCGUCACUAUUCGUAGACUCCGUUCACUCAUCAAAAAUGAACUUGCUUCAAUGCAAUCGUGCCUCACAGACAGGAGAUUGCAUGUCUCGGAAUUAUCCGAUACUCCUCUACCAUAUGGCGUCGUGGACAAAAUGAAAUGUUUAUUAGCAAUGCAGUGUUCUUUGCAAAACUAUCUGUUAAAGUUGGCUGAAAGUUCUCCUCGCUUCCACUGGAAAACCACACCAAGCCCGCUGUUUAAUAGCUCAGUGGUUAACACUAGUGAACGAACUAUGGAAGAUAUGACAAACGAGAUUAAACAUUCAUUGUUUCAAGACCUUAACCAGAUGUUUACAGAACAGGUAGAAAGUCUACGCAAGGAAUUAAAGGAAAAAGACGAUGUCAUCAAUGAACUACUUAUUAAAGUUGAAAGAAUCGAAAAAGCAAGUGCUGGUCCGAAGCAUGGACUUUGAUGCUACUUCUUCCAUAUCAUACGUCUUGUAUGCACCCCUUGCAGCACGUCGGAAUGCAGCUCAAUUUGAAGGACAUAACACAGGUUUCCAAUUCUUAGGAGAUUGAAAUUUUUCUUUUGUCCUCCAAAUUGAGCUCCUUUAACAUAACAUGCAAGUGUCCUAUUAAGUCUGACCACAGGAUAUUAGAUCUUCAAUAAAUCCCUUGCAGUACGUCGGAAUGCAGCUCAAUUUGAAGGACAUAACAACAGGUUUCCAAUUCUCAGGAGAUUGAAAUUCUUUUGUUUUGUCCUCCAGAUUAAGCUGCUUUGAUGUUACAGACAAGGGGUCUAUUCCAUGGUAUCCAUUGUACAAAUUGUUGUUGAUCAGUCUUAGAGUGAAGGCAUUUAACCCGUGAAAUACAAAAUAUUAGUCAACGUGUAAUAGUCAACUAGACACAAAAGAAAACAAUGGAAUUAGGGUCUACUAAAGGGUAUUAAUCAAAUAUCUAUUUCACGGGUUUAAUGACUUCACUCUAUGGUAAUGAGUCAAUUCAUUAUGGACACCGUUAAGAUACGUUUAUUCGCCUGAUGCAGUUAUAUAAUAUUAUUUAUAUUAAUUAUAUUUCCUCUAUCCUCAGAGGCCUAAAAAUUAAAAUUACAUAUUAUUAUCGGAUAAAGUUUCACUUACUUCAAUUGCAUAAAAAAAUACCGUGAAUUAUAUGUUGGUAUUUUUGAAUCCAAAAUAAAACUUCACCAAUGCAA